AUGGCGACCAAGGAGGAAGACGGCGGCUAUUCCACGCCAGAUACGGCUGUUCAGGAGAAGCAGGAUGGUGGUGCGGCCCCCGAGCCGGAGUACGCCGAAGGCUUUCGGCUGGCCGCCAUCAUGGGCACGAUCUUUCUCAGCACCCUGCUGGCGGCGUUGGAUAUUAAUAACGGAUGUGUCUGUGUGUGUGUGACUUUAGGGCAUCGUCGCCACGGCAAUCCCGGGCAUCACGGACGACUUCCACCGCCUGGUUGGUAUGGAAGCGCCUGCUUCCUCCUAGUCGGCAGCUCCUCGCCUAUGUGGGGAAAGCUCUACAAAUACUUUUCGGCCCAGCUCGUCUAUCUCACUUCGGUGGUCAUCUUCCUCGUUGGCAGCAUCUUGGCCGCAGCCGCGCCAAACAGCGCGGCCUUGAUCGUCGGUCGAGCGCUGCAGGGCUGGGGGUGCUCCGGGACGCUGGGUGGCUCUGUGCUCAUGAUCAGCUACGUCGCAGAGCCCAAGAAGCGGCCCAUGUUGAUCGGAAUGUGGAUGUCGGUCUUCAUGUUCUCCACCAUCAUCGGGCCCCUGCUUGGUGGCGCGUUCACCAGCGAGGUCACCUGGCGAUGGUGUUUUUGGAUCAACCUGCCGGUGGGCGGUCCCGUCAUUGCGCUGGUCGUGCUCUUCUUCAAGGUGCCAAAGCACAUCAAGCCCGCCCCCGCCACAUGGGUCGAAAUCCUGCGCCAGCUCGAUCUCCCGGGCUUCACCUUGCUCCUCUGCUCGCUCAUUUGCUUCAUCUUGGCCCUGCAAUGGGGUGGCCAGACCAAGCCGUGGAGUGACGGCUCUGUCAUCGCCACAUUGGUCGUGUGGGUUGUCCUGACUACUGCCUUUUUCGUGGUCGAGUGGAUUCAGGGCGAGUACGCCAUGGUGCCCCUGGCCCUGCUGAGGCUGCGUCUAGUGUGGACCAAUGCCUUGUAUGGCUGGAUUGCCAAUCUCGCCAACUUCCAGGUGCUUUUCUACCUGCCCAUCUACUUCCAAUCCAUCCACGGCCAGUCGGCCAUCGCGAGUGGCGUUAACAGUCUUCCCUUCAUGGCUUUCUUCGCUGCAGGGUCCAUGCUCAGCGGUUUCCUCAUUGGAAAGACACGCCUCCUCCAACCGUAUGAAUUCGCCAGCGGACUACUGGCCACCGUGGGCGCUGCCCUGCUCUAUACUCUCGACGUCGACUCUUCGAAGGCCCGUUAUAUUGUCCCUCAGGUCAUUUUCGGCAUCGGCAUUGGCCUCGGGAACCAGGUCCCAAUGACUGCGCUGCAAAGCUUUUCCAAGCCUGAACAUAUCGCGCCGACCACUGGUGUCAUGCUCAUGUGCAACUCCAUUAGUGGUGCUUACUUUGUCACCGCAGCACAGUCCAUCUUCGCCAACCAUAUGCUCAAGGAACUUGCCAGCAAUGCUCCCAAUAUCGAUCCAGUCCAGGCCUUGACCACUGGCGCAUCUGAAGUUUCCCGUGUCUUCCAGGGCGCUGACCUAGCUGCUGUACACGAGGCUUACAUGGCGGGUAUUAAGGACGUCUUCGCUUUCUCGCUUGCCGGCGCAGCAUUCACUGUUCUCCUGUCGCUUGCGAUUCCCUUCAAGAAGCUCCCUAAUCCUGCUGGCGCCCCGGCGAAGACUGAGCAGAAAGACGAGAAGAAUGGCGCCUAG